AUGAUUGAAUCGUUACCGCGCCUCCUCCCAUAGUUCUAGGUCGGUUUCCCAGCUGGCGCUCUCGACUCUCGCCUUCGUCCCGCUAGGGUUUAUCGGCGGCUUCCCCCAGUCGCCGUGAGACCCUCUUAAAACCCUAAUCGACCACUUCUCUUGCUCCAAUUCGUACCUCCAAAACCCUCUCAGCCCCUCGAAUUGUUCCCUUCCUUAGCCGGCGGCCAUGCCGAAGGUCUACGGCACCGGCACCUACGACUUCCGCCGACACCGGGUCGCCGAGUACCCCGUCGAGCCCGUCCAGGGGCCGGCGGCGAAGACGCUGCCGGAGAAACCGCCGGAGGGGAACCUCUCGAGUGCCAUCACCCUGCUCGAGAUCCAGCGGGACCGGCUCACCAAGAUCGCCGCGGCCAACUGGCUGAAGACCGGUGGGGCGGACGCCGCGGCCCACAAGUUUGAUCCGGAGUUGGUGAGAGAGAUCUAUGAGACGGAGCUUUUGGUCUCCGGGGACCGGAAGACGGUUCCCCUCCAGAGGGUCAUGAUUCUGGAGGUCAGUCAAUACUUGGAGAACUAUCUGUGGCCUAAUUUCGAUCCCGAGGCUGCUACAUUCGAGCAUAUUAUGUCGAUGAUCCUCAUGGUUAAUGAGAAGUUCCGGGAGAAUGUGGCAGCAUGGAUUUGUUUUCAUGAUAGGAAGGAUUUGUUCAAGGCGUUCCUGUGGAGGGUUCUUUUGCUUAAGGAACAGGGAAGAGCCUUAAGUAUAGCAGAGAAGACAAAUUACUUGCUUUUCAUGAUCAAUGCCUUUCAGAGUUUGGAGGAUGAGGUUGUUAGUGAAACCGUACUGAAGUUAGUAAGUUUACAGAUAUGGCAUAGUCUUUCCUUUGGUAGACUUCAGAUGGAGUUGUGCCUGAAUCCUCAUUUAAUCAAGAAGUGGAAAAAAAUGAUAAAGAAAGAAGCAAAAGAAGCCAAAAAAGGACGGCAGGCAUUUGAUCCUUCAAAGAUGGUUGAAGUGACAUUCCUAAGAAAUCUAAUUGAAGAAUUUUUAGAGAUACUUGAUUCCAAGGUCAUACAACAAAAGCAUGAUGAUGAAGAAACCCAUUUUAACGAUUCAUAUAAUGUGCAAAUUGAUGAUUCUUGUGUCUUAUACUGUGAGAGGUUUAUGGAAUUCCUGAUUGACUUGCUGAGCCAACUGCCUACGAGGAGAUUUUUGAAGCCUGUUGUCGCUGAUGUUGCUGUUGUUGCUAAAUGUCAUUUGAGUGUACUUUACACUCAUGAAAAGGGGCGGCUUUUUGCACAGCUGGUAGACUUGCUACAGUUUUAUGAAGGUUUUGAGAUUGAUGACCAUGUUGGGAUGCAACUGAGUGAUGAUGAUGUUUUGCUGGCUCAUUAUUCCCGUCUUCAAGCUUUUCAACUUUUAGCAUUUAAGCAAGUACCUAAGUUACGAGAUUUUGCACUGUGUAACAUUGGUGCAAUUCAUAAGCGUGCGGAUCUUUCAAAGAAAUUAUCUAUAUUGUCUGCCGAAGAACUACAAGAUUUGGUUUGUAAUAAGCUCAAAUUGGUUUCAGACGAAGAUCCAUGUGCUAAAAGGAUUGUCUUCCUCAUUGAAGUUGUAGUUUCUUACUUCGAGAAAAGACAGUCCCAGAAGGAUGCCAUAAAUGCUCUUCCUCUUUAUCCUAACGAGCAGAUAAUGUGGGAUGAGAGCCUUGUCCCUAGUAUCAACUACUCUGGAGAAGGGUGCCUUGCUCUCCCAAAACUUAACCUCCAAUUUCUGACACUUCAUGAUUAUCUAUUGAGAAAUUUCAAUCUAUUCCGCCUUGAAUCGACAUAUGAAAUACGCGAAGAUAUCCAGGAAGCUGUUCCUCAUCUUCUCGCUUACAUUAAUAAUGAGGGAGAAACUGCUUUCCGUGGGUGGUCAAGAAUGGCUGUGCCAAUCAAGGAGUUUAAGAUUACUGAAGUCAAACAGCCAAACAUCGGAGAAGUCAAGCCUUCAUCUGUGACGGCUGAAGUUACUUUUAGCAUUUCUAGUUAUAGAGCACAUAUAAGAUCAGAAUGGAAUUCCCUUAAAGAACAUGAUGUCUUGUUUUUACUAUCAAUUCGUCCAUCUUUUGAACCCCUUAGUGCAGAGGAAGCUGCCAAGUCCACCGUACCGCAAAGGCUUGGUCUUCAAUGUGUACGUGGCUGUGAAGUAAUUGAGAUCCGAGAUGAGGAAGGAGUACUUAUGAAUGAUUUCACUGGGAGAAUCAAAAGAGAUGAGUGGAAACCACCUAAAGGUGAACUUCGUACAGUUACCGUUGCUCUAGAUACAGCACAGUAUCACAUGGAUGUUACUGAUAUAGCUGAAAAAGGCAAAGAGGAUGCAUAUGGGACAUUUAACAUUUUAAUGAGAAGAAAACCUAAAGAGAAUAAUUUCAAAGCAAUUUUAGAAUCCAUACGAGACCUUAUGAAUGAAUCAUGUAUCGUUCCUGAUUGGCUGCAUAAUAUAUUUUUGGGUUAUGGAAACCCCUCUGCUGCACAGUGGACAAACAUGCCUGACCUCCUGGAAGUAGUGGAUUUCAAAGACACAUUUCUUGAUGCAAACCAUUUGCGAGACAGCUUCCCAGAUUUGCAGGUUUGCUUUGUUAAUCCAGAUGGUACAGAGGACUUGAAUUCGCGUCCUCCCUUCCAGGUUAAGCUUCCCAAAACAAUGAAGGGCAAAAAUCAUGCUCUUCCUGGCAAUAAGAAGUCCAGUAAUAUGACUAGCUUGAAUGAUGAGAAUAUGGUGGGUCAAGGUUCUGAGAAGGAAAAGAUUUUUGUUGAGGCAUAUGUUCCUGCUGAUCCUGGGCCUUAUCCCCAAGAUCAACCAAAGCAAAAUUCAGUUCGAUUUACACCCACUCAGAUUGGAGCAAUUAUUUCGGGUAUCCAGCCUGGCUUGACAAUGGUUGUUGGUCCGCCUGGUACAGGAAAGACAGAUACAGCUGUCCAAAUUUUGAAUGUUCUUUAUCAUAAUUGCCCUUCACAAAGAACAUUAAUUAUCACCCAUUCCAAUCAGGCUUUGAAUGAUCUUUUCGAGAAAAUAAUGCAGAGGGAUGUACCUGCUAGAUACCUCCUUCGGCUGGGUCAAGGUGAGCAAGAACUAGCAACAGAUCUUGACUUUAGUCGUCAAGGUCGUGUAAAUGCUAUGCUUGUACGGCGACUAGAACUGCUCAGUGAGGUAGAGAGACUUGCAAGAUCCCUUCAGCUGCCAGAAGAUGUAGGCUAUACUUGUGAAACUGCUGGAUAUUUUUGGUUGCUGCAUGUGUACUCACGCUGGGAGCAGUUUCUAGCUGCUUGUGCCCAGAAUCAAGACAAACCAUCAUUUGUUAAAGAUCGUUUCCCAUUUCUGGAGUUCUUCUCCAAUGCUCCCCAGCCUGUGUUUACUGGUGAAUCCUUUGAGAAAGACAUGCGAGCAGCAAAGGGGUGUUUCCGUCAUCUGUCAACAAUGUUCCAAGAGAUGGAAGAAUGCAGAGCUUUUGAGUUGCUAAAGUCAACUGCUGAUAGAGCAAAUUAUCUGAUGACUAAACAGGCUAAGAUUGUGGCCAUGACUUGUACCCAUGCGGCUUUGAAGAGAAAGGAUUUUCUUCAGUUGGGCUUCAAGUAUGACAACUUGCUGAUGGAAGAAAGUGCCCAGAUAUUAGAGAUCGAAACAUUUAUUCCAAUGUUGCUUCAAAGGCAGGAAGAUGGUUAUGCUCGCCUUAAACGCUGUAUAUUGAUCGGCGAUCAUCAUCAGUUGCCUCCGGUUGUUAAAAAUAUGGCCUUCCAAAAGUAUAGCCAUAUGGAUCAAAGUCUUUUCACCAGAUUCGUUCGUCUAGGCGUCCCUUAUAUUGAGCUUAACGCUCAGGGUCGAGCUCGACCAAGUAUAGCAAAACUUUACAACUGGAGAUACAGAGAUCUUGGUGACCUUCCUUAUGUUCGUGAUGAGGCUAUCUUUCAUAAAGCUAAUGCUGGAUUCUCUUACGAAUACCAGUUGAUAGAUGUUCCUGAUUACCUAGGGAAAGGUGAAACUACUCCUUCUCCCUGGUUCUAUCAGAAUGAAGGGGAAGCGGAGUAUAUUGUCAGUGUUUAUAUGUAUAUGCGCUUGCUUGGAUACCCAGCUAGUAAGAUUUCUAUUUUGACCACUUACAAUGGCCAAAAACUUCUGAUCCGUGAUGUAGUCCAAAGACGAUGCACAGCAUGUGGAAUUGGUCCACCUAGCAAGGUUACAACAGUUGAUAAAUUUCAAGGUCAGCAGAAUGAAUUCAUUUUAUUAUCUCUUGUCCGCACACGAUUUGUGGGCCACCUACGUGAUGUUAGGAGAUUGGUUGUUGCAAUGUCUCGAGCACGAUUGGGGCUGUAUAUAUUCUGUCGUCGUUCUUUGUUCGAACAGUGCUAUGAAUUGCAGCCAACUUUUCAACUUUUGCUUCAAAGGCCUGAUCAGCUUGCCUUGAAUUUUGAUGAGAACACACCAUACACAGAGCGGCUAGUUGGAGACACUGGGAGGAUCCAUUUUGUAGGUGGCAUCCAGGAGAUGGAGAGCUUGGUUAAUUUCAAGAUCCAUCAGCUCUACCAGGCACAAAUGUUGAGUCAUUAUGCUGCAUACCAAGAAUCGGUCCCUCACGCAAAUGGACCUCCAGCUUCGCCCUCUGAGAGCCAUGUUGAGGAUACUGAUAUGCCCAUUGGACAUGGUGAAAAUGAGAAUGGAUCACUUGAAAAUGGUGCAGCAGAUGAGAAUAAGAUGGAAGAAUGAAUGGAUGAAAUCAGUCCUAUAUGGUUGAUCAAACCUGUAUGAGGGAUUUUGCCAGUGGACAUACAUCCUUGUCAGGUUAUGCAGUAUCCCAGGCAACCCUGUUGCUUGAAAGACAUGAGUGAAAGAUCAACCCAAUCAGUAGAUUUACACAAUUUAUCCUGUGUCCUGCCCUUUACUGGGAGUUGCCUGGAAUGUCGUUAUAUUAAGGGAGUCAUGACUGUAUGGCAUAUACCAACUAAUGUACAAAUUUCUUGUAUUACCUGAAGGCCUCUUGAGUAGUACAAGAGAAAGCAGGAUGGCCAACAACUUGAUGUGACUAGUAUCCUUUUGUACCCGGAGCCGAAGCUUGAAUGAGGAGUUCUAUAACAAAGAACCUGCUGUACUUGUAUCUGCCUUGGCUUGCUUUUGCAAUUCAUAACUAAGACGGUCUCUGUAUUUGACAUUCAAAAUUUCUAAGAUCUUGUAACAUAAGAUGCAAGCUACUCUUCAUACCAGAAGAAAGGAGGUUCAUCUUGUAGUCCUAGUCGCAUGCUUUAUUCCUUUUCAUUAUCAAGCUGAAAUAGAUUGUUUCUAAGAUAUUUUUUGUA